CUUAUAUCUCUUUUCAUGCAUAAUGAUAACAUUUAAUCUUUUUUUUUAACGUGCAUUUCCUUGUUUCAUCUUUAAAAACUUUUUUGAAAUACCUUUCGGAACCUUUCGUAUCCUUUUGUAGCCCUUUUCGUAACUUUUCGUAGUAAUAGGAACUCGGGUAAAUUUAUUCUAAGCCUUAAAUACCAUACAAAGAAAAACCAUAUCCAAAGAAAUUCCGUAUAUGUGUAACAAAUGAAGUAAUUAAUAUAAUAAAUAUGUCAUAUUUGAUUCAUAUUAUUUAUAACGAUAGGAUAUGAACGAAAGUUAUACAAAUAAUGCAAUAUUAACUUUUUAUAAAAUCACCUCAUUUCCUUAUUUCCCUUAUUUCCCUUUAACGGAUUGUUUAUUCUAUAAAUACUUAGUUUUUUUUUUUCAAACAGCAUUUAUAAUUAUAAUAAUAAUACUCUCUCUCUCCCUCUCCUCUCUUUGGAAUAUCGGGUUUUGCUUAUUUUAUAAUUACCCUUUUUUUAACGACAUCGUAGAUCUUUAUUUCGGUAAUACAUUUAUAAUUUCAGCCACCACAAAGAAAUAAAAAAAAAAAUACAGCCAAAGAAGGAAUUAAAAAUUCAUUCCAAAUUAUGCGCAGUAUAUCAGAUCAUCAAUAUUCGGAGACUUUAUUGUUGUAUUAUCGAAUGUUAUAUGAUAUGUAUAUAAUGUAUAUAAUGUAUAUGAUCGUAUAUAUGAUCGUAAAAAAAAAAAUAAGGAAAAAAAAAAUUUCCCACAAAAAAAAAAUCGUAAAAUUACGUAAAUCCCAUGAAACGUUAAUCAAAAAUGUGCCAUAUUUGUGAAACGUAAAACGACCAAAGAACGUUUUGUAUAAUGAAUACUAAUUAGGAUAAAUCAUGAUCAAAGGUAUCAAAGGUACUAGACUAUUAAACAUCAAAUAAAGGGAGAAGGAGGAGGCUUAGAAAAAUUUAUUAGGGUUAAUUUUAUUUUUUAUUUUUUUUUUACGGUUUUUUUUUAUUAUUAUUUGUUUUUUUCUUAAAAGAAAAAAAAA